AUGGCGAGUGUCCGAUCCGGGGAGCAGUGUCACAGACAAGGUUUGAAGAAUGGGGUUGAGUAUAUUUUGCCAGUGCAGAACUCAUUAACUCAUAUUUAUGGCUGUUGUGGGCAUGUUGAGUUUGCUAGGAAGAUCAAUAAUACUAGGCGUUCAUUAAUGUUAUUUAGAAAAAUGGGGAUCUAUGGUCUAAGAGGAGAUAAUACAACUAUGGAAAACGUGCUAACUGCUUGCUGUAAGUCUUCUAUGUUUGAAAGAACUUAUAGUAAGAAUGUGGCUAUCAAAUUUACAGAAAAGAACUAUGCCUCAUAUGGUGAUAUGGUGAACAAUUUACGCUCCUUUGAAACAACUCAAGAUAUGUGGAAUUAUUUGAAGCAUGUCUACCAUCAAGAUACAUUGCAUGGCGCUUUCAACUUGAAUUUGAGAUUAGCAACUACAAUCAAGGCACCAAAGGAGGCCUUAAUCGGUCUUCAAGAGGUUCAUGAAGAUACUAGGCUAAGUUUUUGA